GCUCAGUCCAUCUGAAGAUGAGGUAGACGUGUAGACGUGCGUGUGAGGAGAACACUCUUAAGCGGGAGGCUGCAACAUCGGGACUUGUUACUGAGUGUUUGUUAAGGAGGCUUUGGGUGCAGUUUGGCUGUCAUAACACCCAGUGAGCGGGUGUUGAGGAUGGACUGGCCGGGAGAGUCCUGCUCUAGGUGCGCCUGUGUGAAGACACCUUAAAGAUUUUGUUGAAGAGACCUGAGAAAACUAAAGAUCUGAAGAUGACAGGUCAGGUGGCGCCUUCACCCCACAACCUGUCAGUGAAGACCACCUUGGAGGAGGAGGUUGAGAGGGCCGAGAGUAUCCUCAGCAGGGUGCCGUCUGUCUGUGAUGACACAUGCUCAGAGCUGCAGAGAGUCGCCGCUCUUGACCCUCAUGGAGGAAAUUCGAGAAAUUCUUUUCGGGUCGGAGCUAUCUCAAGGAUGGUGAACUUGGUGGUGAGACUGAGGGAAUGGGCACACAGGAGUCUGUUGGAGGAGGAGGAGCGUCCGGACUCUUUCCUGGAACGCUUUCGUGGCCCUGAGCUGAGAACAGCUCCCAGUCGCAUCAGCAACACGCAACCGGACGCCAAUGGCGACAAUGCCAAAGGGAUUUUCAAGAAAAAAUGGAAUUUGUUCGUUGUGUCCCCAUCCGAUAACGCAUACUACCGCUGGUUAUUUGUCAUCGCCACAGCAGUGCUCUACAACUGGUUCCUGGUUGUCGCAAGGGCAUGCUUUGACAAGUUACAGGUGGAAAAUUACAUCUGCUGGCUGGUAUUGGACUACCUCUCCGACACUGUGUACAUAAUGGACACUUGCGUCCGACUUCGGACAGGGUUCCUGGAGCAAGGUUUGCUGGUGAAGGACCACGCCAAGCUGAGAGACAGCUAUGUCCGAACUUUGCAGUUUAAGCUGGACGUGGUGUCCAUCCUGCCCACGGACCUGGCCUACAUAUCCACCGGCAUCCACACACCACAGCUCAGAUUCAACCGUCUGCUACGCUUCCCACGCAUGUUUGAAUUCUUUGACCGCACAGAGACACGUACCAACUACCCCAAUAUUUUCCGCAUUUGCAACUUGGUUCUUUACAUCCUGGUCAUUAUUCACUGGAAUGCCUGCAUCUACUAUGCUAUAUCUAAGUCGUUGGGAUUUGGUUCGGACACUUGGGUGUUCCCGAAUACUUCCAAACCUGAGUUUUCCACCUUGACUCGGAGUUAUGUCUACUGUUUGUAUUGGUCGACUCUUACUCUCACCACUAUUGGAGAGAUGCCUGCGCCAGUGCGUGAUGAAGAGUACCUAUUUGUGGUCUUUGACUUUCUUGUUGGAGUGCUGAUCUUUGCCACAAUUGUGGGAAACGUUGGCUCUAUGAUUGCCAACAUGAAUGCCACCCGUGCUGAGUUUCAAGCGCGAAUUGAUGCCAUCAAACACUACAUGCAUUUUCGCAAAGUGAGCAGAGAACUGGAGACACGUGUCAUUAAAUGGUUUGACUACCUCUGGACCAACAAGAAAGCAGCGGACGAGCAGGAGGUACUAAAGAACUUGCCAAACAAGCUGCGGGCUGAGAUUGCGAUCAAUGUCCACCUGGAGACCCUGAAGAAAGUACGCAUUUUUCAAGACUGUGAAGCAGGACUGCUGGUCGAGCUUGUGCUCAAGCUAUGCCCUCAGGUCUAUAGUCCAGGUGACUACAUCUGCAGAAAAGGGGAUAUCGGUAAGGAGAUGUAUAUCAUUAAAGAGGGGAAGCUGGCUGUGGUGGCUGAUGAUGGGGUCACACAGUACGCUCUCCUCACCGCCGGCAGCUGCUUUGGAGAAAUCAGCAUUUUGAAUAUUAAAGGUAGUAAAAUGGGAAACCGCCGGACAGCGAACAUUCGCAGCUUGGGGUACUCUGACCUCUUCUGCCUCUCUAAGGAUGACUUAAUGGAAGCAGUGACCGAGUAUCCAGAUGCUAAGACUGUGCUAGAGGAGAGGGGCCGGGAGAUCCUGAUGAAGGAGGGUCUUCUAGAUGAAAACGCAGAGAGCGGCGGUCUGCAGAAAGAGGACACAGAUGAGAAGGUGGAGAGGCUAGAGUCCUCUCUGGACACCCUUCAAACUCGUUUUGCCCGUCUGCUCAACGAAUACAAACACACUCAGCAACGGCUGAAGCAGCGCAUCACUCUGCUGGAGCGGCAGCUGAAUCAAACGGACUGUGGCGCAGAGGCAAGUGACGACAUGGAUGCAGGCGCAGAGAUGACCAAUGAAAGUGACUCUGCGCCUGUUGAACAUACAGAUGGGUCAUCAUGCCUGAGAAAUGGACAAACAGAGGACAAAAAGAACCCAAUAUCAAAACAUUAACCGUCUCACCCAGGACACUUUAGUUCUGUAUCUCAUUAAAUACUUCAGACUCAUUAAAAGUACAGAAAUCUUAUGACACCUUUCCACGUACUGUAAAGGAGUGUCUGCAUGUCAAUAAACAAGAGAAAGUGCACAACACUGUUAUGACCUUGGAGCCUUUGAGUUCUUUGCUAUGCCAAAACCAGUGCGUUUGAUGUGAGCCAGCAAAAAUAAUAGUACAUUAAAAACUAGUAAUUAAUGUAAGGCUGGGCUCAGGAUAAGUGAACGCUUUCAGAAUAAAAAGGAUCUGAAAGCAUGUGCACAUCACAGUUUUUGGGCCACCUGUUAACCUUGUGUCUGCUUGCAUCAGCGUAGGGAUUCAGUUCUCUCAACAUGUCGUAUAUUAUGCUCUGGCUCUGUACACCUUGUCUCUCACUCCCCCUGGGAAAGACAGUCCAAGGAGAGAUGGGUGAAGGUGAUUUGUUCACAUACACAAACACAAUAAUUUUCCAGUGUCCUCAUUUUCCAGAGUCCAGGAAGUGGAAGUGAAGCAUUUUUUUUUUCCGCUUCAGCUUUUGUGGAACAUUUAAUUAGGGUCUUUCUGUAAAAUUGACUUUUAGACUUGGUGAAGUGACACACUCAAAUUUUCCAGUUCUAAACGAGCUGAGUUUUCUACAGUUUUCACAUGCUACUAAAACUUUUCAGUCUUGUAUUAAAUUUUUGCCAGCA